AUGGUCGUUGGUAAUUGUUGCAAGAACUUGGAGGGCUGUCGUGUUCCAGUCAGACUGAGGCAGUCAAAAUUAUACCACUAUGCGGAGAUUUUAAGCAUAAAAAAAACGGAAAGUGGAUUCAUUUAUUAUGUUCACUUUGACGAUUUUAACAAGCGCUUGGAUGAGUGGGUGGAGCAAAGCAGGAUCGAUUUUGAUAAGUUGGAAUAUCCUUCCAAGAAGCUUCCUCGUGAUAGUUCAUCGGCAUCACUUUCUGUCCUAUCUACAGCAGAUCCAAAUGUGAGGUUUUCUGUAGCGGCUGAAGAUUGCACUGAGAAUGAACAUGACCUGUCCCCUAGGUCUCGUAUCAACUCUAUUGGGGCCUCACAACUUAAAAGAAAACGUCAUUCCGAUGAUGAGACUGCUGCACAAACUGUGGAAUCUAAGGAUGAAUCUGAUAGACCGAAGUUGCAAGUAGUACCUCGUCAAACAGGAAGCAUGAUAUCCAGCCAUCACGAGCAAGAUACUGUCACGCGAAUACGAAACAUCGAGUGGAUACAAAUCGGACGCUACAAAAUUAAACCUUGGUACUUUUCACCCUACCCACAUGAAUUAAUCUCAGCACCUUGCAUUUACAUAUGUGAAUUUUGUCUUAAAUAUCUCAAGAGUGAAGGGCGCUUGAAGCGCCAUUUGACGAAAUGUCAAUUUCGCCACCCACCCGGAAACGAGAUUUAUAGGAAACUUCCUCACAGUUUUAUCGAAAUUGACGGCCGGAAAAAUAAAACAUAUGCACAACAACUCUGCCUGUUGGCUAAACUGUUCCUUGAUCACAAGACCCUUUAUUAUGAUACGGACCCUUUCUUAUUCUAUGUUCUGUGCGAAAUCGAUGCCUACGGUUACCACCUAGUUGGAUAUUUUUCUAAAGAAAAGGAAUCCUCUGAGGACUACAAUGUUGCCUGCAUCUUGACUCUUCCACCUUAUCAACGCAAAGGGUAUGGUAAACUUCUGAUCGAGUUCAGUUAUGCUCUGAGUAAAAUCGAGGGGAAACUGGGCUCUCCAGAAAAGCCACUCAGUGAUUUGGGUUUGCUCUCGUAUCGUUCCUACUGGACGAUGACUAUCAUGGAGAUCCUACUAUCCAUCAAGCCCUCAGAACCAGGGCAAGAAUCCGGCAUCAGCCUUAGCGAAUUAAUCGAGCGAACAAAUAUGAAACGCGACGAUGUUGUUGCCACCCUUUCCUACCUGAACGUCCUCUACUACGUUAAGGGCCAAUACGUCAUCUUUUUGAGUAAAGAGAAUAUUGAUGCCUAUAAGCGUAGUAUGGAGAAACGAUGCGUGAGAAUUGACCCUGCGUGUCUCUAUUGGAAACCAAAAGACUGGAGCAAACGUGGACGAUGGUAG